AUGCGGUCGUCGCCGCGAGAUCACGUGAUCAAUCACGCGGGUCUCGGCUGGGGCGAGCCGCCCUACGACUCCCUCUCGUCGCCAAUUAUGCUGCAGCGUGUGGCUUUCCAGACUAUGACGCCGGCGAUGCGCGCGGCCUCGCGUAUGCAGACUCGUGCUAUGUCGAUGUCGGCAGUUCGCAUGCAAAAGAAAACGCAGGCACAGCUUCCUAAGGGCACGAUCGUGCCUGGCUCGAAGGUUGACCCUCAGCUGGGCGACUACCCAGCGAUGCCGAUGGAGAACCAGCAGUUCCGUCCGUACAGCCGUCAUUGGUGGGAUACACAAGACCGUCGUCAGUACGGUGAAACGCUCCACGAGCAAGACGAUGUCUUGAACAUGUGGUCGCCCGACGCUUACAAGACCCCCGGCCCUCUGGCGCUCCGCCACUUUUUGACGGCCGUGGGUCUCAUUGCUGCGUUCUCGUACGUGGUGUACUCGACGGUGCCAGAAGCGCCCAUGAUGCGCAAGACCUUCCCUCGCAACGGUCUGGCUGACGAGCUUGGCGGUCCGCAAGCAGCUGCGCGCUCGGAGCAGGACGAGUAA